GGGUUCAGAGUUUUGGCCAUGAGGGUCUGGGUCUCCUGUUGGACACGCUGGAGAAGCUCAUCCUCAAAAAACACCAAGAAAAAGUGGAUAAGAAGAGUCAACACAAAGUCAUUCAGUGCCUCAAGGCCUUUAUGAACAACAAGUAUGGACUUGAACGGAUCCUUGGCGAGGAGAAGAGUCUGGCACUGUUGGCCCAAGCCAUUGACCCUGGUCAGCCAGUUAUGAUGACAGAUGUGGUCAAACUGCUCUCUGCAAUCUGCAUUGUGGGAGAAGAAAAUAUUUUGGAGAAGGUCCUCAAGGCCAUCACCACAGCAACUGAGGGAAGAGGGGUGGCCCGUUUUAACCCUAUCGUUCAAGGUCUUAGUGUACGCUCCGUCCAAUUACAGGUGGCUUGCAUGCAGCUCAUCAAUGCCCUCGUAACGUCUCCUGAUGAGUUGGACUUCAGGCUGCACAUCCGAAAUGAAUUUAUGCGCUGCGGCCUGCGAGAGAUCCUGCCGACCCUCAACACUGUAAAAAAUGAUGCUCUGGAUAUCCAGCUGAAGGUCUUUGAGGAGCACAAGGAGGAAGACAUGAUUGAGUUCUCCCAUCGCCUGGAGGACAUCAGAAGUGAACUAGAUGAUAUCGGAGAUGUCUUUAAUGUGUUAUACUGCUCCGUGAAGGACACAAGCGCAGAGAGCAAUUUUCUUUCCAUACUACAGCACCUGCUGCUGAUCAGGAAUGACUAUUUCACACGGCCUCAGUAUUUCAAGAUCAUAGAGGAGUGUGUCUCUCAAAUCGUCCUCCAUCGUAGCGGCACAGAUCCUGACUUUGCCUACCGCAAGCGUCUGGAUGUGGACUUCAAUCACCUGUUAGAGGUGUGUGUGGAUAAAGCCAGGGCUGAGGAGUUUGAACAGAGGGCCUCAGAGUUGGCUCAAAAGUUUGAUGAGGAGUUUCUGGGCAGACAGGAGGCUCAAGCCCAGCUAUUGAAAAGAGAAGAGAAGAUCAAUGAGCUGGAAGCUGAACUUCAGGCUUAUAGAAACCAGUUCGGAGCUGUUCCAGUGGUUUUACCUUCAGUUCAAGCUGUCUCGGGCUUGUCUUCAACUGCCUCUUCCUCAUGUCCACCUGCUGCACCUCCUCCUCCACCUGUUCCAGGAGUUCCAUGUCCGCCACCGCCUCCACCUCCACCACCUCCUCCUGGCUGUGCUUCCAUGCCUGGGAUGCCUCCACCCCCUCCUCCUCCGUUGGGACUAGGCGGAUUGACAUCCUUCUCUAUCCAACACAUGUUGCCUUUUGGCCUAAAACCCAAGAAGGAAUUCAAACCAGAGGCUUCCAUGAAGCGCCUCAACUGGUCCAAGAUCUCCCCCCAGGAGAUGUCCGAGAGCUGUUUUUGGGUCGUCGCCAAAGAAGAGCGUUACGAGAAUGAGGAUCUGCUGACCAGGCUCGCCAUUACCUUCGGUACACAGAGAGCUGCUCGACGAGAAGAGGAGGAACUGGAGAAGAAAUCCAUCAGAAAGAGAGUCAAAGAACUGAAGGUGCUGGAUCCAAAGAUAGCACAGAACCUCUCCAUUUUCCUGGGGUCGUUCCGUAUGCCCUAUGAGGAGAUCAGGAGAAUGAUUUUAGAGGUGGACGAGGAUCAGCUGACUGAGCCCAUGAUCCAGAAUCUUGUGAAGUACCUGCCUGAACAAGAACAGCUGAACGCACUGGUCAAGUACAAGAGCGAAUUUGCCAACCUCUCUGAACCGGAGCAGUUUGGAGUAGUGAUGAGUAGUGUGAAGCGUCUGAGGCCCAGGCUGAACUCCAUCCUGUUUAAGCUGCAGUUUGAAGAGCAAGUGAGUAACUUGCGUCCAGAAAUCAUGGCGGUGAACGCAGCGUGCGACGAGGUGAAGAAGAGCAAAGCCUUCAGCAGGCUGCUGGAACUCAUUCUGCUCAUGGGGAACUUCAUGAACGCUGGCUCGCGGAACGCCCAGUCCUUUGGCUUUAACCUCAGCUCUCUCUGCAAGCUGAAGGACACUAAAUCGGCUGAUCAGAAGUCCACUCUACUUCACUUCCUGGCAGAGACGUGUGAGGAGAAAUACCCUGAAGUAAUGAAGUUUGUGGACGAUCUACAGCACGUGGACCAGGCCAGUCGAGUAUCAGCAGAAAACCUCGAGAAGAGCUUGAGACAGAUGGAGAAACACCUGCUGCAGUUGGAGAAGGAUCUGGUAACUUUCAGCUCAACAGACGACCAGCAGGACCUGUUCCUCAGCAAGAUGGGAAGUUUCUCCACACAGGCGAGAGAUCAGUACCAGAAGCUGGUGGUCAUGCACAGUAAUAUGGUGACCCUUUACCUCAACAUGCUGGCAUACUUUGCCAUCGAUCCCAAGAAGACCUCUGUGGAGGAACUCUUCACUGACCUCAGCAACUUCAGAGCCAUGUUCAUGCAAGCAGUGAAGGAGAACGCGAGGAAAAGAGAGGCGGAGGAGAAGCAGAAGAAGGCGAGGAUAGCCAAAGAGAAGGCGGAACGAGAGAAGCAGGAGCGGCAGAUGAAGAAGAAGAGACUGCUGGAGGUCAACACCGAGAACGAUGAGACCGGUGUGAUGGAUUGUCUACUGGAGGCGCUGCAGUCUGGAGCUGCUUUCAGAGACCGCAGGAAAAGAGCACCCAGACCCAGAGAAAACAUGAAGGCACCUCUGCAAAGGUCACGGUCGCGGCAGAAUAUCAAUUUCAACUCGACACGAUCACCCACUGCCAAGGAGCCUCAUUACGAGAGUGAACCCCAUCCGUCUGCAGCCCACAGGCCGACCCACCGGCCCGAGAGAGAGAAGGAAAAAGAGCGAACUCCGACGCUUUGCUCAUCCAAUGGUGACACGGACGUGGAGGCCUUGCUCGCCCGCCUGCGUGCCCUGUGAUGACAUCACCGCCUCUCGGGUUUGACCUCUGUAGUCACUUCGGUGACACAGAUACAAAAAAGAAACACAAAGCUCGCAGUCACCUUUUGCUAAUAAAUGCCGGCGGGUUGCACACAUACGCGCACAGGAAAAGUCUUAACAAUUAACCUUUCCCAUCCAUCUCCUCUGCCCUUUUACCUCCAGCAACAGACUUGUUGUCCACAGAAGUGCGAGUCAUUGUGCUGGUCGGGUCCAGGAUGAAAACUCGUCGCUGUUUUGUAUUAAGCAGCUAAUUACCGGACGGCUUAGAGUGACCUUUGGGCCAAGCGCUAGUCUUUUUUUAUGUCAUAAACAGACCAAUUAUUACUCUUUAAAGGCUUCAUGCAGCUCUUUAAGGCACUCAUACAUGCGUAUUUUCACAAACAUAGAUGUUUGAAUGAUGGCCGUUCAAAUUUGUCACAUAUAUUUAUCCUUUUCUACAAAAAAAAAAAAAAAAAAGAUAGCAUCUUUAAAAACAUAGCUAUAUCUUAAAUGUUUCUUAUAAACAUAAAUCACUUUUUUUUGUGUGUGAAUCUUUUAGACUUUUAUUUAUAUACAUGUAUAUUUAAUCAAAUUAAUCCUACAAAAGUUUUAAUGUGCAGGGAAUUCUCUACACUUAUGAAGAAUUACUCUUCAUAAGAUAAAAAAAGAAUGUAUUUGUUGGGUUUCAUCCCCCUAAAGAGAGACGGCACUAUGCAAGAGCAGCGGUUCUGUAUUAGGAGAGCCACUGACAGCAGAUCCCUGAGUGCCAGGAGUAUUUGUACUGCUUAGCAAACCUCACUGAUAUAAUGCACACUACUUCUCUGCACAUUUGUUCUUGGAUCUGCUGCUUUUCCAAAUAAUGUUUCCUUUUAUUUUUUUAGACAUUUGAUUUCUUUGGUUUCUUUUUGUGUUUGUCUGUCUCGUUGUGUGCACGUGUUUUUCAUUGUAUAAUUGGCGAUAUAUAAUUCCUCCUCAUGAUGUUUUCUGUUCUGCUAUUCCUGAUGUGAUUUUCCUCUUUACUGCUCUCAAUCAGGCAUGACAUCGGAAUGCGAUUACCUGUGAAAUCACAUCUCUUUCUCUCUCUCUCUCUGGACUUACUCUCAUCACCUUUUUUGAUUCUUUGAAACAACAUUCCUGUUAUUGGAUAGACAUUAUUGCAGUGACAUCAUUUGGGGAAAUGUUACAAAUAAAAUAAGGAAAAGAAAAACGAUGCAGAGAACUCAGUCUUUUGUUCGGCUUCAAAACAGACGAAUGUCAAUUCUUUUCUUUUUUUAAUUUCGCUCCACAAACUCUCUCAGUCAGUUUCCCUCAUUAAAAGGGUGCAUAUGUUCUCGUGCCUCCUCUCAUUCAUUCAGAAAUCUUAUUUUAUGCACGAUUACCUGAGAGUCAGGGUGAGGUUACUGAGGGAGGCUGGCACCUCCUGGAGAGAUGAAAGCCUCUGCUAACCACAAUCACACCGUUUAUUGUUUUGAAAUAAUAAUGAAUGCUGUUUCCAAAGGUGUCUGUUCCAGUUUCAUUAAUCUUGAAAUGGGGGAAGUGGAUUUGCCCCUUCACUGCAGUAGGAUACUGGUGUUAUUUGGGAAUG